CGGGCCCGGGACCGAGAACCCAGUUAAAACUGGGGUGGCGACUCACGAGGCUGAGACUGGAAACCCCCUACAGAGAGCGGGCCGAACCGAAGGACUAACGGACCGAAAGCAGACUGUCACCAUGAGCCAGUCGCCAGUGUUUGACAAACCUAAAGUAGAACUUCAUGUCCAUCUGGAUGGAGCCAUCAAGCCCGAGACCAUCUUGUUCUAUGCUAAGAGAAGAGGAAUCCCACUUCCUGCUGACACAGUGGAGGAACUCCAAAACAUCAUUGGCAUGGAUCAUCCCCUAAGCCUCCCUGAGUUCUUGAAAAAGUUUGAGUACUACAUGCCAGCCAUUGCGGGUGACCGGGAGGCCAUCAAACGCGUGGCCUAUGAGUUUGUGGAGAUGAAAGCCAAGGAAGGUGUUGUGUACGUGGAGGUGAGGUACAGCCCCCACCUGCUGGCCAACUCCAAGGUGAAACCCAUUCCCUGGAAUCAGGCUGAGGGCGACCUCACCCCUGAUGAAGUCGUGUUUCUCGUCAACCAGGGCUUGCAGGAGGGCGAGCGAGACUUUCACAUCAAAGUCAGGUCUAUUCUAUGCUGCAUGCGCCACAUGCCAAGCUGGUCCCCUGAGGUGGUAGAGCUCUGUAAGAAGUAUCGCCAUCAGACGGUGGUGGCCAUCGACCUGGCUGGAGAUGAGACCAUCCCGGACAGUAGCCUCUUUCCUGGGCAUGUAGAAGCCUAUAAGGAGGCUGUGAAAAGCGGCAUUCAUCGGACUGUUCAUGCCGGAGAAGUGGGGCCCGCCAGUGUUGUGCAGCAGGCAGUGGAUACCCUCCAUGCUGAGAGGAUAGGCCACGGCUACCACACGCUGGAAGAUCCCGCCCUGUAUAGUAAGCUGCUGGGAGAGAACAUGCACUUUGAGGUCUGCCCCUGGUCGAGCUAUCUCACAGGAGCCUGGAAACAGGGCACGGAGCACGCAGUCGUACGGUUUAAAAAUGAUAAGGCUAACUAUUCGCUCAACACUGAUGACCCCCUCAUCUUCAAGUCUACCAUUGACACAGAUUACCGUAUGGUAAAAACGCAAAUGAACUUCACUGAGGAGGAGUUUAUGAGAUUGAAUAUCAAUGCAGCCAACUCCAGUUUCCUUCCAGACGAUGAGAAAAAGGAACUCCUUGACCAACUGCACAAGGCCUAUCAGAAAUAAGUCUAAAGUGCCGGAGCGAUGCUGCUUCCACCAGGACAGAACAGGAAAAACCACUGAUCCCAGAGGGCCUCAAUAAUCACCAUGUACUCAGGAACCAGAUUCAAACUCCUUAGGGUGGGGGUACUACAUACCUUUUCUCUUUUCUUUCAUAGAGCAAUCAAAUUGACUAACAUUAUCAACUCUUUUCCUGCUGUACACACAGCCAGCUGUGCAUUAAAAUACCUCAAUGUGGAAACA